UUAAAUAUUCUUGCGGACAUAAAAUUAAAGCAAUCUCUCUUACAUUUUUUUCUUCUUCUUAUUCACUCCCUUGUUUUGUAAGAAAUAAUUUCGUAACAAAAAUCCGAUACUCCGCGCGUGAUCUCUUCCUCCCUUCCUGCGUUUCUCCGAUCAGGAAUUUGUUGAUGGGUGCCCCUAAGCAGAAAUGGACAGCAGAAGAGGAAGCCGCCCUCAAGGCAGGAGUUCUCAAACAUGGAACUGGAAAAUGGCGCAAUAUACUUUCAGAUCCUGAGUUUAGUUCGGUCCUGCGUUCGCGCUCAAAUGUGGAUCUCAAGGACAAAUGGAGAAAUAUAAAUGCCACGGCCGUAUGGGGGUCAAGGCAGAAGGCCAAGCUUGCUCUUAAAAGAAAUCAGAUGGCUGCUAAACAUGAUGAUAACCACAUGGCGCUUAUUACUGUACCUCCGAGUGAAGAAAUUGUUGAUCCUAAGCCCCUUGCCAUUUCUAGUGGAACACCAAGGGCAACUGGCUCCAGAAAAUCAAUUUCAAGGUUGGAAAACAUUUUAUUAGAGGCUAUCACUAGUUUGAGGGAGCCUGGUGGUUCUGACAGAGCUUCAAUUGCUUCAUACAUCGAGGAGAAAUAUGCUGCACAGUCAAACCUCAAGAAGCUUUUGGUUACAAAACUAAAGCUGCUGGUAGCAAAUGGGACAUUGACAAAGGUAAAGCAUAAGUAUAGGAUUGCACCACAUUCAACUAUUUCUGAAGCAAGAAGAACUCCUCUGCUUGCUUUGGAAGGAAGGCAGAAGGAUUCUACAAAAGCAGAGAAGAAAGGCAUCAACAACAUUCUUACUAAAACCCAAGUUGAUGCAGAGUUAUCAAAAAUGAAGAGCAUGACUGCAGAAGAGGCUGCUGCAGCUGCCGCAAGAGCAGUUGCAGAGGCAGAAGUUGCUAUUGCCGAGGCUGAAAAGGCAGCAAGAGAGGCAGAGGCCGCAGAAGCUGAAGCUGAAGCAGCAAAAAUCUUUGCUAAAGCGGCAGCUAAAGCAUUGAAGUCUAGGAUGCUGGUUACCUGGUAAAUCCUUGUUCUUAUAUAUUCUUUCAUUGAACAAUGUACAUAGAUCUGGUAACACAGGGUUUCUCAGAGGAUGCUCGUGUUGGUUGUUUUAGAGGGCUGGAUCUUAACCAAGAGUACAGCUAGUCAUACUCGUGAUAUUUACGCCCUGAAACUGCAGAUCUGUCAAUCAACAAAGCUUUACCACAGCAACUUGACAUCAGCUAAACAAAUUUUAUUUUACUUAUAUUUAUGAGACUACUUUAAUCUUUUCUUCUCCUCCAUGGUUGAAAAGUUUCUGAAACAACAAUUUAGGAAAGAUAGCUAUUCACAACUACAAUGCAUUACUUUUUUUGGGUGAGUUUUGUCUUUGGUCUCAAAUAAUACAGCUCUAUUGUGACAUGUAAUUGUUUAGGAUUUAUGCCCCUCUAGUGGUUUUUUUUUGCUUUUUUAUCUUAUUGAUAUCAGUC